AGCAGUUAAUACUUCGCGGGUUAUUCGGUUCAGCUCAGAAAGUGAUUCAGAGAAUCAUCAAGCAAUCCUCACCAGUCUCUGAAGCUAUCUCAGCUGUUGAAUUCUCCAUUUCUCGCGGUAUCGAGCCUGAUGCAACUAGCUACAGUUUUCUCAUUCGACAACUCGUGGCAUCUGGUGAAACCCAAAUGGCUGAAGAUAUUUAUGAAGCAAAAUUGCUUUUUGAUAAACUAUUGGAUAUGAAAUUGAGGCCUUGUAGUAGCACGUGUAAUGCGCUUAUUAAGGGAUUUUGUGGCCAACAUAGCAUCUUGGAUGGGUUUGAUGUUUUUGUAGUGGCUGUUGAUGCUGGAGUAUCACUAAGUUUCAGUUGUUACAAUAGGUUAGUGGAUGGCUUGUGCCAUCGGGGGUUCUUAGAUGAGGCACUCUAUGUGUUUGAUGUAAUGUGUGAGAGAGGGGUGACACCCAAUGUUCAUUUGUUUAAGACAUUGGUUCUUUCGUUGUGUAAGAGGGGUCGAGUCGAGGAAGCUGAGUUGUUGAGCAUGGAUAUGGAGUCUUAUGGUUUUGUUCUGGAUAAAGUCAUGCACACAACUCUCAUUAACGGGUAUUCGAAGAACAAGAAAAUGAAAAUGGCUAUGAGGGUGUUUCUUAGAAUGCUUAAGUUGGGAUGUGCACCGGAUAAGUAUACUUACAACACGCUGGUGCACGGGUUUUUUAACUUGGGCAUGUUGGACAAGGGUUGGGUGCUACAUCAGCAGAUGGCUGAAUUUGGAUUAGAACCUGAUGCAGUAAGUUACCAAAUCAUGAUUGGCAAGUAUUGCAAGGAUCAUAAAGUUGAUUGUGCGUUGAUGCUGUUAAAUAACAUGAUUCAGUGCAACGUUGCUCCCAGUGUGCACUCUUAUACUGCUUUAAUUGCUGCGCUUUAUAAAGAGAAUCGGUUAGCAGAAGUAGAUAUCUUGUACAAUAAGAUGUUGGAUAAUGGAUUGGUUCCUGACCAUGUUUUGUUUUUUACCUUGGUCAACAAUCAUCCAAGAGGGUCAGAGAUUACUCUAGCAUGCACCUUUUUGCGGGCAAUUGCCAAAAAUGGUUGUGGUAUUGACCUUUCUAACAUCCCUAGCACUACCAGUCAAAAAGUUACUACAAAUAUCAUGUCUGAUAUUGAUCAUCUCUUGGGAGAAAUUGUGGCAAGAAACUUAUCUCUGGCCAAUGUUGCUUUCAAUAUAUACAUGGUUGCUUUAUGUUUAGGAGGAAAACUUGAUUCUGCUCUUCUUUGCAUGGACAAGAUCAAGCCUUUCUCUUCAGCCUUCACUGUCAGCUUAUAA